AUGCCCUUCUCCCGUCCGUCGGCGGAUCUCGUUGCCCUGGCGAGUACGAACAAGCGCUUGAGGGAGGUCCUGCGAGAGAGGGCGUUCAGGUGCUUGGAGGUGGGCGAGUUGAGGGAGGGGUUGGAGUGCUCGGAGAGUUAUCAGGAGGAGGUGGAGUGGCUGGCGAGCGAGGAGGGAGAGCGGGUGUUGCGGGCGCUGUGGAUUGCCCCGCUCCUUCCGAGGGGUAUCGAGGCGCUCGCCAAGUGCCUCGAGCGCAUGCCCAACCUCCAGCAGGUCGUCUACUCGUCCUCCCUCCCUUUUCCUUCAAUCUUCGUCGACCCGCUUCUCGCGCUCGACUCGUUCACCUCGCUCCACUUCGACUCGAGCAGCGUCGAAUCGCUCCCUCACAUCCUCCCCCUCGCUCGCAAAGUCACCGACCUCUCGCUCGAGACACGCGCGGCGUAUCCAGUGCCGAAGGAGAGCCUCGACCUUUGUCCCGUCACGGUCGCGUACGAGCGUCGCCGCCUAGUCCCUUGGGACAUGAAGAACCUCCCGACCCGCGAGGAGCAGUUCCAGGCUCUCGUCGACGGACUCGUGACGUACCUCCACCAUGCGCAAGACACGCUCGAGAUGCUCGUCGUCGACGGAUCGCACAUCGCACCUCACUGCGACGCGCUCGAGUGGACGACCUCGCCGCCCUCGACGAGGUGGUUCGAGCAAGUCUUCCGUCACUUCACUCUUACUCGCAGGGCAUUCCCGCGCAUCGAGCGACUCGCGCUCAACUUUGCGAGCGUCAAGAGCGAGGUUAUGGAUGAAUUGGUCGAGAUGGUCGCCGGGCGGAUUAGGUGGCUCGACAUCGACGGCUUUGAGCGCGAGUAUGUCAAGCCUCCCGCAGCCUUUCCGCGUCUCGAGUUCUUCCGCACAAUCUUUGCGGACAAGGUCAGCGUCGCCGCCUUCGUACUCACCCUUAACGGCCUCAUCCCUCACGAGAUCCCUCAAAUCUUUUACUCUUCCAUCGCCUGCCGCGAAACCCUCCGCGAACUCGUCCUCCAGACGCUUCAGGCUGCACCGUUCUACGUCGGCGAGUUGCGCGUGAUCGCGCUCAGCUGCCCGAAUUUGGAGUUGGUUGACCUCAAGGCGACUUGGGGCGGCGAGGCGGUCGACUUCCUCGAUGCCCUCUCCUCCCUCCGCAAGCUCCGCACCUUCUCCUUCGACCAUCCCUGGGAGAAACCCUCCGGCCCUCGUCCCUGGGUGGACGGGCGCACGAUUCGCUCGGACCGUAACGGCGACUUCCAAGUCAUCAGUUGCUUUGGGACGUCGAUCGAGCACGAGAUGAGGCGGAGGAUCCUGGAAGACAUCGACGCCGUCCGUCCAACCUACACGACCCGCUUCCUCGCCUUCGCCUCCGACCACCCGCUCCUCACCCUCCUCGUCUGGCACGCAACCGAAGUCGUCGAAUGGUACUGGCGCUUCAAGCGGGUUGGCGCGGGAGUCGCGGUGGAGAGUGACUACGUGUGGUUGCCGUACAAGGAGGACGUGCUCAAGGCGGAGGGGGAGAAUGGGGAGGAGGGCGAGGAGAAGGCGCCGGCUGGGGUGUUUGCUCGCUUUCCUGUCGCUUGA